UCCUGUGAUUACAGCAGCAAAUCAGAAACCAGUGCUAAUCUCAAACGUGUCAGGGAACUUGUAGUGAGUCCUUUUUAGUGUGUUCGUAUGAAAAUGAAGAGCCAAACUGCUCGUCUGUCUCGUGGCGGAUGUGUGUGAAGUGCACCACGUUAUGUUGCCAACAAGGAAGCAAACAAAAAAAGGAAGUGCGGUGAUGUGGAGGGUCACGUGGGGGAGGGACUGCCGCGGAUGAUGGCGUGAAAGAUCCUGCUGCUAACAGAAAGCCUGUCGUCUUCACUGUUGACGGGAUAUUCAGUGAGAAACUUUGGAUCGCAGACCUUAAAAACUGAGGCCGCUGAGGACAUGGAGCCACAGUCAAAACGCAGGAGAAGCUCAGAAUGUGACAGUGACUCCUGGGCUGCUUAUCCCGUACUGUCCGAUGAGCAGUCGCAGGAGGCCGAGCUGAUCGAGGCGAUUGCUGUGCCCAUCACCAACAAAAAGGAGACUUCUCGUCUGGUCAGGGAGCUCAGUUCCCUGUACCCCCUGCCUGGCCUUCAGCACAUCAAGAGGGUGCGGGCCUGCAAGCCGGACAGCCCUCACCCUCUGGAGGCUGUUGUGUGCCUCGUCAGCGAUGCGCCACACAUCGACAGUGAGGAGGCGAUCAGUGUUGAUUCUUUGUUGCCCUCAGACAGAGUCAGACAUGAUGGAUUGGGGGAGCCCUUUGUGGUGAAGGUCCCUGCUUGCCCUCCUCUGACCAGACCCCAGUUUGAGCUGGCCAGCAAGCACUGGCCCACCUCCUUCCACGAAGACAAGCAGGUGACCUUUGCCCUGAGAGGAGAGCUGUUCAGCCCGCCUCAGAAAGCCAGGAUGCAAGAGUACAUGUUGUCCGCUGUGGCCGCCGCCAGAGCAGGGAAAGAGAGCGGGAUGGAGGCCAUCGGCGCUGUGGUGGUCGACCCAAAACUAGAGAAAGUCAUUGCAGUGGCUCACGACUGCCGAGGCGAUCAUCCGCUCUAUCAUGCGGUCAUGGUCUCCAUCGACCUCGUGGCAAAGGGGCAGGGCGGCGGCGCCUACUCUUUUGACAAAUACCCUGCUUGCCAGUUUGCGUUGCCCACCUCCAAUUCCACAACAGAAACCUCACAAAACGAGGCUGUUCAACCAUAUAUAUGCACCGGGUACGAUCUCUAUGUGACCCGAGAACCUUGCGUCAUGUGCGCCAUGGCGCUGGUGCACUCCCGCAUAGGCCGUGUCUUCUACGGGACCUCCUCUGCUGACGGGGCCUUGGGGACCAAAUAUAAAAUCCACACACAGAAAGAUCUGAACCAUCGCUUUGAGGUUUUCAGGGGAGUCUUGAGUAAACAGUGUGAACAUCUUAAUGGACUGGAGUACAUCAGGAAAUUAAAAUAGGGUAGUUGAUAAUAAAAGCUAGUGUUUUUAGUGUAUUUUUUUAAUUUGGUCAGAGGACCUGUUUAUCACGAGCAGGACAAUUUUGGGAUGUUAUCAAGUUUUUCUGCAGGAAUAAACUACUUUUUCAU